CACCGUGCCCCACAGUGCCCCACCGUGCCCUACAAUGUCCUACCGUGCCCCACCGUGUUCCCUGAGGUCCCCAAGCCAAAGCACCGUACCCGGUCCGUGAUGCUGCCACCCGCCCCGUUCACCCUCCCCGGCCGCCCCUUCCCGAGCCUCCCCGCUCCCCGCGCUUGAGGCGCGCCGGGUGCGAGCCCCCGUGCCCGGGGAAGGCCGGGGGCAGCCCCGCCGGGCGGGAGCAGGAAGCGCCCGGAGCCGCCCCGUCGGGGCCGCCGCGAUUGCGGCUCCGCGGGCAGCGCGACCCGGCCGGGCUGCGGGGCCUGCGGGGGGCGAGGACGGGGGAAGCCCCGGGAGCCGCUGUUGCUGCGAUGGGGCCGCCCCGGCCGAUCACGGAGGUAGCGGGGGACAGCGGAGGGGACAAUGCGGGACUGCGGGGGUCCCGUCCCACCCGGUGCGCUCGGGGUGGGGGGGGAGGCCCCGGUCCCGCCCGUGCCGCUGCCGCCGCGGAGCCGCCAGGAACUGCCCUGGGUUUUCCUGCCCGUCCGGUCCCGUCCCAUCCCGGCGCGGGGCCGGGCCCGGCGGGGCGCAGCCCGGGGACCCCGGCCCGGUAUCGGUUCUGCUUUCGGGGGAGGCGGCGAUUUCGCAGUAACGGGGGGCGGGUGCCACCUGCCCCGGGGAUUCCCCACCUGCCGCCGCCCCAUAAGAACCCGGUGGCGGCGCCGGUGGCGGCACCGACCCGCCAUGGACCCGCUCCGACGCCUCUGCCUCUGCCUCCCGCUGCUGCUGCUGCUGCCGGCGCCCGCGGCCCCGGCCCCGGCCCCGGUCCCGGUCCCCGGCCCCAACUGGGCCGCCUGCAAGAGCCUCUCUCGGGAGCUGUCGGGGCUGGUGGCGACCCUCAAAGAGCCCCACGGAGUCCUGGAGGACACGCACCUGAGCGAGGAGGACCCCAAGAACUGGCCCCCCCGGAUCCGCUGCAGCGACGCCUGCGACCCCUCCAAUCUGGACACCAACAACACGCGCUGCCUGCACCGCAUCCUCCAGGGGCUGCAGCACUACCGGGACCUGCUGAGCUCCGACAUCUUCACCGCCCGGCGCCUGCCCCCGCUGGAGGCCGCCCUGGAGCAGCUGCUGGGGCUGGUGCAGAAGGAGCCCGCCCGCCCGCCCCGGCGCCCCAUGGCCCGCAGCGAGCCCUGGGCUCAGCCCCUGCUGCAGCGCCUGGCGCUCCAGCGCCUCCAGUCCUUCAGCACCAUCAUGAGCCGCGUCUUCACCCACAGCGCCGGCCCCCGCUGAGGCCCGGGGGGGGGGCCCGACUAUUUAUUCCCCUCCGGAGGGGUUAUUUAUGUGCUGUUGGACGCUAUUUAUCGCGGGUAUUUAUGGGUUGCGAAUAAAGGGCUGAAGGAG